UGCCUUCCCCGUUUGUAGAGCCAAGCGCUGGGUGAGGACAGCACCUCCUGGGUGACCAGCCGAGGUCCUCUGCUGCUGUCGUCCUAAAUCGAUGCAUUCUUAAGAAAGGGCCUAAAAGGUCCCUUUGUCCGGCCGGCUGGAAUGUGUGAGUAGGCGCUGACCUUCUGGCGAGACACUGACCUCGGCCCCAUUUCUGCAGAGCUCCUCUGUGUCGCCAUCGGCCAGCUUCCGAGCCUCGGAGAAGCACCGCAACUCCACUGACUACUCAUCCGAGAGUAAGAAGCAGAAGACUGAAGACAAGGACCUGGCAACCCGCUAUGACAGUGACGGGGAGAAGAGCGACGACAACCUGGUGGUGGACGUGUCCAAUGAGGACCCUGCAUCCCCGCGAGGGAGUCCUGCCCACUCCCCCAGGGAAAAUGGAUUGGACAAGAGUCGGCUGAUGAAGAAGGACGCGCCCAUCAGCCCCGCCUCCAUUGCUUCCUCCAGUAGCACGCCCUCUUCUAAAUCCAAAGAGCUCAGCCUGAACGAGAAGUCCACUACCCCUGUGUCAAAGUCGAGCACUCCUACUCCACGGUCUGAUGCCACUACCCCAGGGAGCAACUCCGCCAGCAGCCUGAGGGGGGUACCUGGAAAACCCCCGGGGGUAGAUCCUCUGGUGCCUGGCCUCCGUACCCCGAUGGCCGUGCCCUGCCCCUACCCCGCUCCCUUUGGCAUAGUGCCCCACGCCGGCAUGAAUGGGGACCUGACCAGCCCGGGGGCCGCCUACGCCGGCCUCCACAACAUCUCUCCUCAGAUGAGCGCAGCGGCAGCCGCGGCUGCUGCGGCAGCAGCCUAUGGCCGCUCACAAGUGGUACGUUACAGAGACUUCCCCUCGCCACAGAUGAUGGUUGGCUUCGACCCGCAUCAUCACAUGCGUGUUCCCGGCAUCCCUCCCAAUCUCUCCGGCAUCCCAGGCGGAAAACCGGCCUACUCCUUCCACGUGAGCGCCGACGGGCAGAUGCAGCCCGUGCCCUUCCCCCCCGACGCCCUGAUUGGCCCAGGCAUCCCACGGCACGCCCGCCAGAUCAACACGCUGAGCCACGGCGAGGUGGUGUGCGCCGUCACCAUCAGCAACCCCACCCGGCACGUCUACACGGGCGGCAAGGGCUGCGUCAAGGUCUGGGACAUCAGUCACCCUGGCAACAAGAGCCCCGUAUCCCAGCUCGACUGCCUGAACAGGGAUAACUACAUCCGGUCCUGCCGACUCCUUCCCGACGGCCGCACCCUGAUCGUGGGCGGCGAGGCCAGCACCCUGUCCAUCUGGGACCUGGCCGCCCCCACCCCGCGCAUCAAGGCGGAGCUCACGUCCUCGGCCCCCGCCUGCUACGCCUUGGCCAUCAGCCCCGACUCCAAAGUCUGCUUCUCCUGCUGCAGCGACGGCAACAUCGCCGUGUGGGACCUGCACAACCAGACCCUGGUCAGGCAGUUUCAGGGCCACACGGACGGAGCCAGCUGCAUCGACAUUUCCAACGACGGCACCAAGCUGUGGACGGGGGGCCUGGACAACACGGUGCGCUCCUGGGACCUGAGGGAGGGCCGGCAGCUCCAGCAGCACGACUUCACCUCCCAGAUCUUCUCCCUGGGCUACUGUCCCACCGGCGAGUGGCUGGCCGUGGGCAUGGAGAACAGCAACGUGGAGGUCCUGCACGUCACCAAGCCGGACAAGUACCAGCUGCACCUGCACGAGAGCUGUGUGCUGUCCCUCAAGUUUGCCCACUGUGGUAAAUGGUUUGUUAGCACUGGGAAGGACAACCUCCUUAAUGCCUGGAGGACACCGUAUGGAGCCAGUAUAUUCCAGUCCAAGGAGUCGUCCUCCGUGCUGAGCUGUGACAUCUCCGUCGAUGACAAAUACAUCGUCACGGGCUCCGGGGACAAGAAAGCCACAGUCUAUGAAGUUAUUUAUUAGACAGGCAGGGAGGUGGGGG